AUGGAGUCUGUUAUCCUCCAGCAAAUUGAUGCUACACAUGCAGCUCUCAGAAAAGUGGAACCCUGGACCUCUCGCUCUGUCCAGGUCCCUAUCGAAUACCUCAAACUCUUCUUUCUUGACAAAGCAGAUCCUCCACAGCCACAUUUUAUUACUCUGACCACAAUGACCAACUCUUCAGAACUCGACACGUUAGCUACUUCAUGCGACAGAGCCACCUUUGGUCGUGCAAAUGAAGAUGUUUUAGACGAGUCUUACCGGAAGGAAGGAGAACUUGACCUCAGUUGA